AUGGAGGCCGCGGCUGCCGCCCUCGCCCUCGGGUUGCUCUCAACGCUGGCGGCGCUGCUCGACGUGCGGCUGCGCCAGGGCGACCAGGGCUCGGGCGCGACCUGCGCCCGAGAAGCUGCCACGGCCGCGUUCGGCGCGAUGGCCAAGGCGCUGCGCGGGCCGCUGCGCCAGGAGCCAGACCUUGUGAGCGAUGCCGCACGCAGCUUGGUGGGGCUCGCGCGCUGCAACGACGCGGCGUGCGCCGCAGCCGCGUCCACGCCGCACCUCGCGGCGGCACUGGCGGCCGCCCUCGCGGGCGGCCUGCUGCCCAACGCUCUCGACAGCGGCGGCGGGGGUGACGCGGCGGCCGGCGCGGGGACCGAGCUGCAGCUGCAGUGCGCCUCGCUAAUCAGCCGCAUGCUGACUGUCAAAUCCAUUGAGCUGCGGACCCAGGUUGCGCACGAGGUCGCGGACGUGCCCGGGGUGCUGGCCGCGCUUGUGAGGCUUUUGGCCAACCCAAAUCCCACCACCGCCGCCGACACGGCGCGGGCGCUGAGCCUGAUCGCCAACUUGACCCCGGCGGCGCGCGGCGCCAUCAUGCGCCUGCCUGUCUUAGCGGCUCUCGGCUCGACUCAGUGA